AUGUGGGAGUUCAUUAGAGACCACCCACUGCAUCCCCGUAUAGUUAGACGCCUUCAGGAUACGGGUUUCUAUAGGAUCAUAGAGAUCGACCGGUUGCAGUUCGACUGGGCGUUGAUCACGGCUAUGAUAGAGCGGUGGCGACCGGAGACACACACAUUUCAUCUAUCCAUCGGAGAGGCUACCAUCACGCUCGAGGACGUGGAGCGGCUCACUAGUUUCCAGCCAGCGGAGCCGACUGCGUUGAGUGGGGCCAAUCAAUUGCAGCUGAUGCCCGUUCGGCAGCAUCUGGUGGCGAUGGACGCGGAGAUUACAAAUGAUUUACCGCCAGAGGAUAUCGACCGGCACACGAGACUGUUGUUGUUGCUGAUGUUUGGUGGUAUAUUAUUCCUGAACACUUCGGGAAACCUAGUCAGCUUGAGAUUUCUACAUCAUCUGGAGAGGCUAGAUGAUUUAUCUGGUUACAGGUAG